CGGAGGAGGAGGUUCGCUGUCAGUGGGCGGCGCGCGGCGCCGCGGUAGCCGGUAAAUGACCUGCGACAUAAGUAUUUGCAAAACAAAUGGGGAAGAACAUUCAAGAUAAAGAUAAUUUAUAUCACAGGAAAGCUAUUGAAAAUGCAAAAAUGAAGCAUCUGUAUGAAGGACUAAUUACACUGAAUUCAGCUUUUGUGAAUCUUAUCUGCAGAUUUGUACAGACCUCAUCCUAAGAUUGACUUCUGCUUCAACAGAAAUGCAUGAACAGUGUUUUAUUGGAAAUGAUUUGCGUCUUUUAAGAACAGGUGUAUCUAGGUCUCACAAAUUCUGGAACUGUUCCUGAUCAAGCGAUAUAUUGAAUCAAAGAAAAUAGUAAACGAAAGCUCCAAGAUAUGAAAGAUGGCAAGUCCAGAUAGAAGUAAAAGGAAGAUAUUAAAAGCCAAAAAAACAAUGCCUGCAAGUUGCCGAAAGCAAGUAGCGAUCCUGAAAAAGUCAAAGAAUGUUGAAGCACUAAAAACAGCAGCAACUGGGAGUAAUGUCUCAAGUGGUAAUCUGAAUUCAAGUACUGGUGUGAUAAGUAGCAAAUGUAAACGUUCUGAAAGUGAUGCUUCCUCAUUGGAUUCUAACAAAAAUUCGGUAUGCUCACAGGAAAGUAAAGUAUCUUCUCGGAAUUUGAUAAAACCACUAGAAAUUGUUGAUUCGGAAACAAGAUUGAACUACGUUGAAGAACAAAUUGCGUGCCCUUACCAAAAGCCGAGUAAAACAAUAGAAUCUCUCAGGAAACUCUUUACACAGGAGGCACAAGAUUCACAAAACACUUCUGAAAACCAUCUUCAAUGUCAGGCAAAUAUAACAAGAUCCUUUUUUGAACAUGAAGAGAACUGUAAUCUGAAAUGUAUUUGGCAUCCUUCCACUGUAUUGAAUGGUACAGUUCAAAUGUCAGAGUUUACAGUAACCAAUACCUUGGAUGAUAAGAGAAUCGACAAAAUGGUUUCCUAUUUAGAAACAAACUCCAAUUUUGAGUCACGUGAUAAAAGGCAAAAUGACAUUUUAUGUUCAGACACCUGUUCUUUGCCUCUUGAUAAAAUACCCAAAUUGGUGAAUUCAGUAAUUUCCAGUAACUGUGCUGCUGACGUUUUGAAAAUCGAAGAGUCCUGUAGAACCUGUCAUUCCAGCAUUAAUUAUGAAAGUAUGGGCUCAACGUGCUUGUCCUCACUUGAUACUGAUAGUUAUAACAGCCACAAUCAAAAGAAGAGGAUGUUUUCAGAAAACAAAGAAAAUGUUAAGCGCAGGAAAACGUCAGAGCAAAUUAGUGAAAAUAUUUGUGUAGUUCUGGAGAAGCAAACAGCAUUGCUGGAACAGGUCAAACAGUUGAUUCGACAGGAGAUCUGUAGUAUAAAUUACAAACUAUUUGAUAACAGACUGAAAGAAUUGACUGAACGAAUUGGGAAGACACAGUGCAGGAAUAAACAUGAAGCAAUAGCUGAUGCACUCUUCGCGAAAAUAGCAAAACUUCAAAGACGUAUUAGAGCAGUAUUGUCAUCUCAAAGGAAUUGUUUAGAAACAAAUGUGCUAUCCAGUAAUAUAGCCUGUAAGGUUGCAAAUGCAGAGAUCAUGAAUUUGGAUAUGAAUCCACUGUCACUUAAGAGUCCAGAUGAAAGAAAGACCUCUGUGGACUCUAAGCCUUCUAAUCCUUCAGAAGAAGCAAGUGAAGAGAUUAAUUUCUCACGGGAACAUGAUGAGGCUGUUUCUGAAAGUAACAAUGAUGAUGUUAUGUUGAUUUCUGUGGAAAGCCCUAAUUUGACACCUCCAAUUACAUCAAAUCCAACAGAUACUGGAAAAAUUACAUCAGGAAAUUCUAACCAUUCACCUGAUGCUGAAACUGAAGUUAUGGCUGUAGAGAAGAACAAACUGGAUUCUGUGAUUGAUCUGACGAAAGAAGGCCCAUCAGACAGCACUGCAGUGAGCCCAGUAUCCACCCUGGAGUCACCUAUGAAAGCUGUUUCAAUCUCAGAGGAGAGAAGCCCCGUGGCACAAAAUGCAGCCCAGGUUCUUGAGUCCUUUGAGCACCUUCCCCCUCUCCCAGAACCACCACCACUGCUGCCUGAACUGGUAGACAAAAUCCGGGACACGCUUCCUCCUCAGAAGCCUGAGCUCAAAGUGAAGCGGGUGCUGAGACCCAGGGGCAUCGCCCUGACUUGGAACAUCACCAAAAUCAAUCCCAAGUGUGCUCCUGUGGAAAGCUACCACCUCUUCCUGUGCCAUGAGAACCCUAGCAAUAAGUUGAUUUGGAAGAAAAUUGGAGAAAUUAAAGCGUUACCACUCCCAAUGGCCUGUACUCUAUCUCAAUUUUUAACUUACAACAAAUACUAUUUUACCGUCCAAUCAAAAGACAUUUUUGGGCGAUAUGGACCAUUUUGUGAUAUAAAAUCUAUCCUUGGGUUUUCUGAAAAUCUCAUCUAAAGGAAGAGCCUUCAGUAAUUACAUAUUGUGCUAGAUUUUGUUUUGUUUUCCAUAUUGGAGUUGUGGGCAGUGCUCCUCUAACACUGCUGCCAUCUUGCAGGGCCAGUACAGAGUGUGAGCCCUUUGUACAGGGACAGUCCUCUUCCCUGUGUUGUAAGCGGCCUCUAGUUUAUGAAUUUCUGAUUUGCAUUCAAUAAGUACUUCGAAUGGAUAUAUUCUGAAACAUCUACUAUGCACUACCAUGGACCCCUGUCGCUAAGCUGUGUGAGCAGCAACUUUGUUGACUGUGAAGCUGCACAGCAGACCAGAGUACAGGCAGCCACCGUUCCUGUGUUGACAGUCAGCUUUCAGUGACCUGCCUGUGGUCAGUAUAGAUACAGGAGAAGUCAGCGGUUCGCUGAGGCCAGGUCAUCCCUGGGAUGCAUCUCCACCCAGAUUUUGUGAAAGCCCAUGUCUUCUCAUUCUGUUCAAAGUCUAAGGGCUACUAAUUUGUGCCCGCACCCCCGCUUUUUGACUGUGUCAAUCAUUUGGGGAAAACAGCCUGGAGGUUUUCCCUAAAUCUGUUUGUAUAGGUAUAUGUGUAUAAUAAAAUUAGUUGAACAUUGUGUGCUGUACAUGCAAAACAUAUGGUAUCACUUAGGAAAGCAUUAUUUAUUCAGUGGAGGAAAAUGGAGUUGUGUGCCUUAGAUUUAAGGCUUUAAUUUGCUGAUUCCCUAAUGCGACCCUUUGCUCAUUUCCUGGCUGCCAUCAUCACUCGGAGAGAGACUAUAAGCAAUGAGGGGCCCCAGGAGAUGUGUCCUGUGCAUACCUCCAUCUGAGGGAGCACCGAGGGGAAGCUGUGGCCAGCACAAGGAGCCCAAGAAAUUCAACGAGUGAACAGACUAGAUAAGUGUAAGUCAGGGCCCAGUGGGACAAACUGGGUAACCAAUACUGAGACAUUGAAAAACAGAAAAAUAACUGUUAGCGUAAAAGAUAAUCUGCUCAAGAGAGGCACUCUUUCCUGGUACAUAGUGAAAGUUAAGGCUGCAGAGCCUCUAAAGAAGUGAACAGGGAAUGGUUCUCCUUGGCAUUUUGUGACUGCCUUUACAUCUUCAGUCAUAAAUAAAGCUGUUAUUUU